AUGGACUUAAUGGUGAUUGAUUGUUUUCAAAUUGAUGUUGUUGAUGAAUGUGUGGAAACCACUUUGCAUACUAAAGAUGACAUUAAUGAAUCAAACAUCAUGAAUGAGAAAGAGAGUGAACCUCCAAAACAAGAACUGAAACAACUUCCACCUCAUUUAAAACAUGCAUUCUUAGGCGAGAAUAAUUCUUUCCCUGUUAUUAUUUCUUCUCAUUUAACUCUUGAUCAAGAGGAAAGGUUGUUGCAAGUUCUUCGAAAGCAUAAGAAAGCGCUAGGAUGGUCAAUUUCAGACCUACAAGGGAUCAGCCCGAGAGAAUGCCUCACUUUUGCCUAUAGGAGAAUGCCUUUUGGACUAUGCAAUGCCCCUGCAACUUUCCAAAGAUGCAUGAUGUCCAUAUUCUCUGAUAUGGUAGAGAAAUCUAUUGAGAUAUUUAUGGAUAACUUCUCUGUAUUUGGGCAUAAGAUCUCUAAAAAGGGAAUUGAAGUAGACAAAGCCAAAAUCGAGGUAAUUGAGAAACUACCUCCUCCUAACUCAGUGAAAG